AGUUAUGUAAUGGCCCUUCGUAUUGCGCGUCGGCACGUGCAUACGGCGUUGCACGCGGCGGUCCACGUAGAAGGUUCAUCGCGCACGCGGUCGCACUCUGAAAUCCAGUUUCCUAGCAACACGCUGUUGACGCCACUGCUGACCCAAUGAAUACAAAAACACAUGAUGGCGCCCAUGCGUGGCGAACGUGGAGGCUCCCCAGCUAGAGGGGCCCGAGCGUCACUACCGCUCCCGCGCCGCCUCAUCCGCCAGAUCGCGAGGCACGUGGCCUCUAGUGGUCGAUCACUACGCCGGCUUGAGGUCUCCGGCCGCGUCAUUGACAACUUCGACGACAUAGACGAUGCCUCAGACGAGUCCGAUAUGGACACGUCGCAGCCUGCGGUGGCAUGUGGCGGCAAUGCAGGUAACUUACCACCGGCCGACCACGACGACGACUUGACGAGCUUAAGUUGGUUACAAGACAGAAAUUUGCUAAGAGGUAUAAAUCUGACAAAGGGCGACAUGGAAGACACUAAAAUGAUUAGUAGUCAAGUAAUUGUAAAGACAGAGUCUAAGACGCCACCGCCGACAUCCCGCAUCCCAUCCCCACCUCGAACCCCAUGCAAGGCUCCUCCCUCCCCACCGGCAGUGAACACACACACAAAGCCCCCCUACUCCUUCUCUUGCCUCAUAUUCAUGGCCAUAGAAGCGGCACCAGCGAGGGCGUUGCCGGUAAAGGAGAUCUACGCCUGGAUUAUACGACACUUUCCUUACUUCAAGCACGCUCCUCAGGGUUGGAAGAACAGCGUACGGCAUAAUUUAUCGUUAAAUAAAUGCUUUCACAAGGUCGCCGCUGCUCCAGGUCUCGGUAAAGGAUCUCUAUGGACGGUCGAUCCACAACACCGUUCAACAUUAUUACAGGCGUUCGGUCGGCAGCCCGUGCCGCCGGUGGAGGUGGAGGCGGAGAGCGCGGAGGGCAAGAACGCGCCCGACCCGCAGCUGUUCCCGUACCUGGCGCGCCGCCUCGCCGACACGCGCACGCCGCCCGGCGCCGACGAGUACCUCGCCGCCGCCACCGUGCUCGCCAUGAAGUACGGGCCCGCCGUGCUCGACCAGCUGCCGCCCGAGGCGCACCUCGUGAUCUCCCGCUGCGCGCGCGACGAGCACUCGUACAGCGGCGGCGAGGAGCGGCGCACGGCCGAGGCGCUGCUCAACCUGGCGGGCGUGUCCGCGCACGCGCCCAGCUAGCGCGACCCGGUAAGAAAGGGGCGUUGGUGAUAUCUCAGGUUAUAUCGAGUAGUAGCACUCGGACACGCGGUUGCGGGGACGGUAACAUCAAAUGUAAGUCUUCCUAAGAAAAGUUAUGCUUCUUAAUCAAACACUUCAGUCUGCCUAUAAAAUAUUUAUUUUGUCAUGCGAUACCAUCUCGGUACUAUAUUGUAUAUUAUAAUUUGUUUAUACCAUUGGAACUAUUAUAUUAUAAAAUGUUGUUUUAACUACCCUCAAAACGAAUAAUUCUUGUUAUGUUAUUAUAUAUGCUAAUGUAGUCCCUUAUUUGAAACGUAAAAGUUUUAUAUUAUUUGUUCUGUGUGUACUGCUCAAAUGUUUUAUUUGUAAAGCGAUAAUUCUAAGUUAUGUACAUAUGAUAUCUCAUAGUGAAUUCUGUUUACCGCCGGGGCAAAGCCUCGGGAAGUGAUCGUUGACAUAUACGUUCAAAGAACAAAAAAAGGUUUGAUAUCUAAAGUUGCUUGACAAAUUCUAUAAGGUUUGUCUAUGAUCACUAAGAAUAGACAAAGGUUUACCACUCUCUAGUCCAAUUAAGACAAUUCAUUAAAAAAAACUUUCAGUGAUGUAUACACAGAUGUCUACUGUUAUUUUUAAAUUAUAUAAAUUAUUCAAUUAAUAAAGAUAUAUCACGCUGUAAUAUAGAAUAAGGCUCACUUGUUAGAUAAGACCUGACUAUUUCCAUUCUAUUUUUAUACUUUAAUCUGAAUACAUCACAUGUAGAAAUAUUUACCUUCAUAAUUCAGUUCUUACUAAAAAUAAAUAGUUGAAUGUUCCACCGCAUAUUUAUAUCUUCGACAAUGAAUAACUAUUUUAACAUUUAUAAGUAAAUAAAUAUCUCGAUUUAAAACUACGUAGAGCAUUAAUAAUAGAUGUGAUAAUAAUUAAUCAAAUUCAUUAAUAAAAGAAUGGAAUAUAGUUGAAUAGAUUCCCUGCAUUUAGGUUCCCCUUUUAACUAUAGUCGAACAUUUAUAAUAUUAAUAUGAACACAAUUAUUAAUAUAAUAAGGGAAAGUGUUAUACUAUUUCCGUGUAUUUUAAAGUGAAUAUUAUGCCGAGUAUUGCCAGUAUAAAUGAAAAAUGUUCAAGGAGAGGACGGAAUACAACGGAAAUAUUAAACACGGUAGUAUUAAGUUUAAAAUAAUUUAUUUCGCUUAGCUGUGUCGAAUUAUUAAAAGAAAUUAUGAAAAUUAUAUUCUAAACUGAGCAAUUUAGGUAAUAUUGUGUGUGUACACAUACAGGUGAUCUGAAUGCAAUCAUAACUAUACAAAUAUGUAUACAGGGCUAAAUAAAAUAUAUUUUAUAUAAUUAUUUAAGAAACAAAAGGUCUCAGGCGACUUUUUGUAUCAAUACUAUUUUAAUGAAUCAUCCUAAAACUUGUUUGUGGGCUAAACCGAAUAGACUAAGGUCUUGCUAUUUGUAUUAAAAUCAAAAUUAAAUAAAAAAAAAACUUAAUAACACAGACAUGUUGAUAAUAGAACAAUAACUCGUAUCUGUUUAAUAAAUCAGUGCUAUAUGAACUCCUUUAAAAUAAAAAUAUUUAUUGAACAGAGCAUUUAGAAGUAAUUUGAAGCACACCAUCAGACAAUUUCUUAAGUUCAUAAGAAAUUGAUAAAUAACUAUAUAAUAUCUACUCCUUAUUCAAAAUGUAAUUACAAAAUACUUUCGACUUUAUCUAUAAAUGUUGUUAAGAGCUUAGUUAAACAAAGUUACGCCUGUAGCGUCUUUCUUCCGAAUGUCAAAUCAAUAAUGACAAAAAGAGAGCAAACUGUGAAAUUUAACACCAACUAAAAAAAUGUUUAUAAGUAAGGCCGAUUGAUUUUAACUUCACAUUGAAUUAUGUAGAGAUAUCAGUUAACAAAUGAAAUCAUUUAUGUUAUCAUAGUAGGAACCAAUCUUUAUUUGUCUAAUUUAAAAGUGAUACAGUGUUUAGUAAUAAUAAUAAUAAUAUAUAAUAUACAAGUAUAAGAUACAUAGAUAUAGCUAUAAUCGAGCUGUUUUUUGUGUUCAUAAGCAUGUGAUCUAUUGACUAUCGCUUAAAACAUUAUGAUGUUUCCAUAAUGUCUUGCAUACUCGUGUAUUUAUAUCAGAUUAUUUAUUAUAAAAAUGAAUUUUAAUAAGUAAAUUAAUUGAUGAAAACUGUAUUUUAAAUAUUGCAACACUUGAAUGAUUUUGUAAUAAUUGAAUUGUAUAAUAUCGUUUUAAUUCGGUCCAAUAAUCUUAAACACGAAAAAUAAAUAAUAAUAAUAAUUUAUUACAUUUACAUUCUAAAUUAUUGGAAUGUUAAUAAAGUGCCUACUAUAUGUGUUGCCAUUUAUGUAACUCUUUUUAUCUACAUUUGUAAAGUAGAACAAGUUACUGUUUUAAACUUGAAUGCUUAUAUCCAAAGAUUCAAUGUACCCACAUCUUUUUGGAAAUAUUUGUUGCUUCGUUUCAAUGUGGAGUUUAGUGUAAUUACUUAUUUAGAACCAUUCUCUAGGCUGAGCCAUGACUGAUUUGUAAAGCAAUAUUAUUUAUUAGUAAAUUAAAUUUUGCGUUUAAUUAAAAAUGCAAUGUAGAAAAUUUUUAUUGUUCUAUAAAUUUUUUCAUUGUCUUUAUUCAUUGCAAGGCAUUAUUUCAACAUAAUCACAAAUAAAGAAAUAUUAUAUUGUUGUAACACUAUAAUGAAUAAUUCGCUGUGUGCCAAAUUAUAAAAUUAAAAAAAAAACAUUAUUAUACCAUAAACAAGCAAAUCCAAAUAAAUAGGUACCAGAAAUAUGAGUGUAUUUAUAUAUUAAUUAAAGGAAAUAUAUAACGCAUACUUAGAUUAGGUGAUAAGUGAUAUUAUAGUUACAUAAUUUAUGCUAAAUUAAAUACAUACAUUUUUGCUGUAUUUAGAAGCGUCUUCCAUCUUACUCAUUGAUUCUAUUAGAUUACGUACAGUCGCAGAUAAAUGUCCAUGUUAAUAAAAUAUGGAUUAGAUGUAAGAAAAGGAUAAAAAUUAUAUCUUAAAAAUGAUCAUCAGAUCUUUCUUGCUGUGUUUUGUUACGGGUUUUUUUCCAUGGACUUUUCUCCGCGACUGUCCACUCACUAGCCUUUCUUUUGGUGGUAUAAAUGUGUAGAUGAAAUUUUACAGCAAUAAUUAGUACCUAAUGUAGGACUUCGCUGGUAGAUGCUACGUGUAUAAUUGUGUGAUACUUUACGAUUUAUUUAAUAAGUGCUAUAUUUAAAUACAAUUUUAAACAAAUAAUUGUGACACCUUGUUUAUUUAAUAAAUCAAGAACGUAUCAGUUGUGGGUCGCUUUGAAAAGUGUUUUCGGUUUAUCAAAACCAUGAUGACAUCACCCACAAUCGCACUCAUUGGUGUAUUACGUAUGUAAUCAAAAUUACUGAAAAAGUUAUAUCACUAAUAUGAUAUUAAAAUUGUUGCGGCUCAUACUUUAUCAGAAAUAAUUUAUCGAUUAAUUUAUUUUAAUUAGUUUGUAAGUUGUUAUUGAUUUUUGUAACGAUUGGAUUGUAAAACGAUUCCUUGGAACCAGUAGUUUCGGUUUUGCUUCGUAUUGUUUGAGAUAAUCGUUUUAUAUAAUUUUAUGGCGUUGCCCUUGUUAUCAAAACAAAAAGAAAAUUCAGAUUAUAAAAAAAAAUAUAAUUUACCUGAAAAUAAUCUUCUUGUAUCAACUUACAAUAAUUAAAAAAUAGCAGGCUGCACUGGCAACGUCAUUUUUUGCUAGAAAUUAGAUAUAUGUUAUGUCCGAACUAUAGUUAAGUCCAAAAUCAUUGUUGUUGUUGAUAAUUUAUCCGGCUUGCGAACGACAAAAUAAAUUAGCUAUUGUUAAAAGUUAUUGCCAAAUUUUUAUUUGUCCUAAUUUUUUUUGUCUGUACAUAUCCAAUAAAUAAAUUAUGUACUGAAGAUCA